CACAAGACAACAGAGCCCUGCUGAUCACGAACAUGAUGAAGAACUUCAAGCGAAGGCUUUCCCUGUCCGUGCCCCGCCCAGAGACCAUUGAGGAAUCCUUGGCUGAGUUCACUGAGCAGUUCAACCAGCUCCACACCCAGAGGAAUGAGGAUGGUGGGGACGAGCCCGGGCAGCUGUCCCCGGGCAUGCAGUAUCCGCAACGGCAGAGCCAGCGCCGCUUCUCCAUGGAGGACCUCAACAAGAGGCUCUCUUUGCCCAUGGAUAUCCGCCUGCCCCAGGAAUUCCUGCAGAAGCUACAGCUGGAGAGCCCAGGGCUGCCCAAGCCACUCACCAGAAUGUCCCGUCGUGCCUCCCUGUCAGAUAUCGGUUUUGGGAAACUGGAAACUUAUGUGAAACUGGACAAACUUGGAGAGGGUACCUAUGCCACCGUAUUCAAGGGCCGCAGCAAGCUGACAGAGAACCUCGUGGCCCUGAAGGAGAUCCGUCUGGAGCAUGAGGAGGGGGCGCCCUGUACUGCUAUUCGAGAGGUGUCUCUGCUGAAGGACCUGAAACACGCCAAUAUCGUGACCCUGCAUGACCUCAUUCACACAGAUCGGUCCCUCACCCUGGUGUUUGAGUACCUGGACAGUGACCUGAAACAGUAUCUAGACCACUGUGGAAACCUCAUGAGCAUGCACAAUGUGAAGAUUUUCAUGUUCCAGCUGCUCCGGGGCCUGGCCUACUGCCACCGCCGCAAGAUCCUUCACCGGGACCUGAAGCCCCAGAACCUACUCAUCAAUGAGAGGGGCGAGCUGAAGCUGGCUGACUUUGGCCUGGCCCGGGCCAAAUCAGUGCCCACAAAGACGUAUUCCAAUGAAGUGGUGACUCUCUGGUACAGGCCCCCAGAUGUGCUGCUGGGAUCCACAGAGUACUCCACCCCCAUUGACAUGUGGGGCGUGGGCUGCAUCCUGUAUGAGAUGGCUACCGGGAAGCCCCUCUUUCCAGGCUCUACCGUCAAGGAAGAAUUGCACCUCAUCUUCCGUCUCCUGGGGACUCCUACCGAAGAGACGUGGCCGGGUGUGAUGUCCCUCCCUGAGUUUCGAGCCUACAACUUCCCCCGGUACCUGCCACAGCCGCUGCUCAGCCACGCUCCCAGGUUGGAUACUGAAGGCAUCAACCUCCUGACCAGCCUCCUCCUGUACGAAUCCAAGAGUCGCAUGUCAGCAGAGGCAGCCCUAAGUCACCCCUACUUCCAGUCUCUGGGAGAGCGUAUACACCAGCUUGAUGACACUGCCUCCAUCUUCUCCCUGAAAGAGAUCCAGCUCCAAAAGGACCCAGGCUAUCGUGGCCUGGCCUUCCAGCACCCAGGGCGGGGGAAGAACCGGCGGCAGAGCAUCUUCUGAGCUGCGUCCACCCUGCUGCAACUCAAGGGACAAGAGGCCACACGGAACAUGAAUGAGUUCAGGAAAUAUGGGGCCUGUGUGGCCAUCAGAGGGCUGAACAAUGAACGCCUGUGGCCAAUUUGGAGGACCACUUAGCAGCCCUGGUGGUAGCAGUUGCUUCCUUUCCUUGCUUGCCACACACCUCUGUGAUGGCCUCUACCUGGACACCAACCCCUUUGUCACCCACUGUGGGAUGGAGCAUGAGCUGCUUCCCUGAGAGGAAGUGAGGGCCAAAGAGGGACAUGGGACCCUUUCCCAGCUGGAGUGCAGGGGGAACUUGGGGACCCUGGGCUUGCCUGGCUCAUCAGCUUGACAGCCCCUUUCUUAACCUUUGGACAUUCGCUUUACCUUCAUUCCCUCCAAGAACAAGGAAUAUUCCAGGAACAAGGCACUGGGGCCCUGGAAUUGUGCCGAUGUAUGUGCUAACCCCACCCAAAGGCAGACAUCCCUGGAGCAUCCAAAAAAAAAAAAAAUAGUACCCCCUCUAGUCACCAUCCCCAACAUGCUUUUGCCCCUCAAUGCCAGAAGCCCUUGCACACUCUGGCUUGAACCAAGGCUAAAAAGCACCAGCAUGCUGCCCCUGCCCAACUGCACCUGGAAGUGGUCUGGUACGCCCAGCUGUGUGCUCCUGCCGCCUCAGCCAUCCCCCUACCCAUCCCCCAGUCUGGAAAGGGUUGCCUUAAACUGGCAGGUGGUAGAGUGCGCACACUGUUCUUGGAGCUUUGGCCUGUGUCCCUUUCCCCCUAAGCCACUCGCAUGGGUGUUAUCAGCCCUGAGGGAUGAUAAGUCAACCCUGUCUCAAGGUCCUGAGGCUGGCACCUAGAUACGAAAGGUCACCCUGACACUGGUACCAAGGUGGCCUUGGCUCUUUGGGGCUGGUGGCAGCUCUCCCCCAUGCCCUGCCUCCUUCCUGUCUACCUGACCCUGGCACCAGCCUCCAGAGAGUAAGGGUGCUGGCACCGUAGUCUAACCUGGAAAGGUACCCUUCCUCAGCACCCCUCUCAUGUUCCAGGGUCUCCCCAAGACUUGGCUGAACUUGAAGGGCAAAGGCCAAGGGGAGGUCAAGCCCAUGUUUUCUCCACAGGCCCCACCCCCAUCCCAACCCCUUGGAACCUGGGUUCUCCCUGACCCCCUUCCCCACUGACUGUGAAUGUCCUGUGACUCAGAGGAAAGACAGAGAAUAUAUUUAAUUCAUGCUG